GAACUUUUUCUUACCUCUUAUUGUGUUCACGGCGCUCGCUGACCUUGCCGACGAUGGACGUCGACUCUUCGCUUCUCGACAAGCUCGAUUCGGCGGUGCCAGCGCCAUUGGCCAAGUUCGAUGCUUUUCCGAAGCUUCCGUCGACUUACAAGACUCGCACAGAGUCACGCGGCUUCAUGACCAUCUUCGUGAUCUUGCUCGCAUUUCUUCUGAUGCUAAAUGAUAUUGGAGAGUAUAUCUGGGGCUGGCCCGAUUUCGAGUUCAGCGUGGAUGACAACAAGUCGAGUUUUUUGGACGUCAAUGUUGACUUGGUGGUAAAUAUGCCCUGCAAAUUCAUAAGUGUGGACCUUCGGGAUGCAAUGGGGGAUCGGUUAUACCUGAGUGGUGGUCUCCGACGUGAUGGGACCGAGUUUAAUGUUGGACAAGCAACGGCGCUGAAGGAACACUCGGAAGCUUUGUCUGCUCGUCAAGCCGUUUCACAGUCCCGGAAAUCCCGCGGCUUGUUCGCCAAUUUAUUCCGAAGAAACAAGUCCAACUUCAAACCAACGUAUAACUAUCAACCACACGGCAACGCAUGUAGAGUCUGGGGUUCUCUUCAGGUCAAACGGGUUACGGCCAAUCUUCACAUCACUACCCUCGGCCAUGGUUAUGCGAGCUAUGAACAUGUAGACCAUAACCAGAUGAACCUCUCGCACGUCAUCACAGAGUUCUCAUUCGGGCCUCAUUUCCCCGACAUUACCCAACCACUGGAUAACUCUUUCGAAUCCACAGACGAACGUUUCGUAGCAUACCAAUACUUCCUACACGUCGUCCCGACAACCUACAUCGCCCCCCGUUCCGCGCCCCUCCAAACCCACCAAUACAGUGUAACGCACUACACUCGCGUAAUGCAACAUAACCAAGGCACUCCAGGCAUCUUCUUCAAGUUCGAUCUAGACCCACUCGCAAUAACACAACACCAACGAACCACAACCUUCCUCCAACUCCUCAUCCGCUGUGUCGGCGUCAUAGGCGGAGUAUUCGUCUGCAUGGGGUACGCCAUCCGAAUCACCACACGCGCAGUAGAGGUAGUGAGCGGCGCAGACCAAACUCCAGGGAUCGUCGCCGCCGAAGCAUCCGGCGCCAAAGUGGGACUCAGAUCGAAAUGGGGCGGGGGCGAACUCCGGGCUCGACCCAACACCGGCAAGAUGGUUCCUCAAGGGAAUUACUAUCUAAAAAUCCGAAUUCUGAGUGAGUUGGGCAAGUCCUAG